AUAAUGAUGUUCAAAACGUUAAAUGAAACUCCUAAAAUGCUUUAGCUCGAGAUUAAGUUUUUUUUUUUAUGCAAUAAACGUUCAAAUGCUCUUUGCGCUGGGAGUUCCCGUAGACCGUUGCGCAACAUCCUUCAUUUGUCCGCGCGCGUCGAGUUUACACUACAGGAACGUCGUACGUUUACCGCGGAUUUGAUCAGCAGCUGAUGUGUAGAGGGUGAACACAAACGGGGGUGUGGUUUAGAUCAAUAACUACCUCAGUUUACAGUAAAAUCCAAAAUACUGCAAAGCACUCCGAGGGCAGAGAGGUGGCGUCGAUCAGAUCCGGAGCACAGAAUCGCUCCUUUGGAAUAUAUUUCGUUUCAUCCGCUUCAUUGAAAUAAUGAUAUUUUGUGGACGCCGAUUCUCCAGUCGAGGCUUUCAGACGCAUACAGUUGGUCGAGGAUGAGGAGGAGGAAGAGAAGUUCUUACUGAGCUGCCGUUUUAUUACAAUAUGGGAUGGAUAGUACAUUCACAUGAAUGGGUUUGGACCCAGAGCUGAGAACAAUCUUCUCUUGAUAUAGGAAAAUUUAGUUUAUUUUUCUUCUUUACCUGGGUGAAAUGUACUCUGAUGGAACAAACGUAAAACGUUGUUUUGCUAGGACAUUCCUAGCAAUGCUGUCUCUGAACUAUCAUUACCCCAGUAAUUAGGAUCUUCCAGUCAUUCAUGAGGCUCAUUGGGAUUAAUUUAGCUCUACAGCCGGCAAAGGAGAAACUUCUGACAAAUUAAGUUGUUCUUAUUGCUCUGAAAGCACUAAAUGAGUGACAGUGUGUCACAACUACAGAAAGAUGAACAACACUCUGCAAGACAGAAACAUGUUCACAGUACAAGCAGACGUUAUAUUUCACGCUGCAAACCCUGACUCUCCAGAAUCACCUAUCCCCGCUGAAGGGAACAACAACAAUGUCCCAGCUAUGGGGAAAACAGGCAUCCCCAGCAUGGAAAUACUGCAGGAUCUCCAAGGUACGUGGAACACGUCAGAAUCAGGAGGUUUGACUGACAAUAGGAGUUUGGGACACUAUGGUGCUGUAACAGGUGCAGAGUACACACAAGACGCUGAAUCUAGCGACAGUGGAUUUCAAGAGCACAUUCAACCUCUGGACUCAACUAGAGCACAAAACCUGGAUCUCAGUUUGAGAAAUAUAAGUGAAGCUUCAAGUCAAGGAAAUAUUAGAGAAGAAACAAAUGGAACAAAGGUAUCUUGCAGUUUGGCACCCUCUCUGCGCUUCCAACCAGAGAGCAAAGAGGAAAUAGACAAAUUAUCCAAUGCCCUAAGAGAUGGACAGUUUGACAUUAAAAAUGUCUCCUCCACAGAGGACAGAAAUCAUUCCCGUUCAAGCUCCCAGGAAACGAGGUCACUUGAAAAAACCCUGGGAUGCUUUAUAAGUUCCUCUGAAGGAGCAGAUCAGACCCGCUACAGAACAUCAUUUGGACAGACUGGGCUGGAAUCAAGCCAAGGGCUAAAGCAAAGUGGAUCUGCAGUAAGAGAAGCUCUCUCGGCAAAAGAAGAGCCAAAUUUAGUCAUAGAGGUGGGCGGACAGAAAAUACAAGCACACAAAUCAGUAUUAGCUGAGAAAAGUGAUUAUUUUAAAGCUAGGCUCUCUAGAGAUAUCCUGAAGGUAAAAGGAAUGAGCUACAAGACCUUAUUGGUGCUUGUAGAUUAUGUUUACUCCUCCCAGAUGAACGUAAGCAAAGACAAUGUUGUGGAUGUCAUCACAGGGGCAAAGAUAUUGCAGAUGCCCUGUGCGGUACAGGCUGCUAUUGAUACCAUAUCCACACAGAUCAAACCUGAGAACUGCUAUGAAAUCCUAACAAUCGCCAAAAAGCAGCGACUAAGUGAACUGAAAGAAACCGCCUAUCGAUUCAUGAGCGACAACUAUCUCCAGGUUCUGAGAGAUCCAGCAGUCUACGGGCGCCUCACAGGCUCAGAGAGAGAUCUCAUCCUGCGCAAACGGAUGGAGAGUCGCAAAUGUCUGAUGGUGGCGGAAAUUAAUGAUGUGUUUGAACGUGUAGGAAGUAGACCACCCAGCAGAAACAGCAGCCGUCCCCAGAGUCCCCUCUCCAUCACGUCUUUUGAGGACAACCACAUGAUCUACUACUACAACAAGAGCAGUAAGGACUGGCACACCUUGACUGUCAUGCCGGACGACAUCAACACCAGGGGCUGUGGUAUCUGUACCAUGUACAACUACUUGUUUGUCGCCGGCGGGAUCAGAGGAACUGGGGAGAAAAGCAAAGUCUCGGACAAAGUGUUCUGCUACAAUCCCAUCACAGACCGUUGGAGUGAAGUCCGACCCAUGAACCAAGCACGAUCACAACUCAAGCUUGUCUCCAUGGAUGGGAACCUGUACGCCAUUGGCGGUGAAUGUCUUUUCACGGUGGAGAAGUAUGACCCUCGAAUGGACCGCUGGACGGCGGUGGCUCCUCUACCUAAAGGGGCAUUCGCGGUGGCUCACGAAGCCACUACGUGUAACGGCGAGCUGUACGUCUCGGGAGGGUCUCUGUUCUAUCGGUUGCUGAAAUAUGACCCCAAGAGAGAUGAAUGGCAGGAGUGUCCAUAUAACAACAGCAGAAAAAAAUCCACAGACAUGGUGGCUCUCAAGAGCUUCAUCUACCGAUUCGAUGUCAACCGUGAACAGGGGAUCAGCGUCUUUAAAUACAACACCAUCGUGAAGAUGUGGCAUGAUUGUGCCUCCCAGCAGCAGGGCUGCACUCUGCCAUUUCGAUGCGCUGUCAUUGAUAAUUGCAUCUACUGUGUGAAUAAAUCUCAGACUCUUCAGUUUGUUGUUGAAGAGGAUGGAGGUCGAUUCAAAGAUGAGUCUCUAAAAGCACCUGUGGAGGCCAAAGGGAUCUUAUUCCCUUUCGUUCUUAGUUUGCCUGAGAGAGGUGGAAGAAUUGCAUGAGUAGGAUAUUUCAUCCCUCGGAUGACCCUUCGGAGUCGCUCUAGACCUUGAGAAAGAGAAUGCCUGGUCAAUAUUUAUAGAUUAAACAUUGUCUCCAGAGAAGUUCAAGGAGCCAGCACGUAGUGCUUGAAACUGGAAUGUGUUUCUUUGCAUGGUAAGAAAAACAAAUGUAUGUUUGGCGCCUUAAAAUCACAGCCCUACUCCCAACUUUGGGAGACAAAGAAAUUCGUACAUUUAUAGCUCAUUUGUGCAGUCUUAUACUUCAUUUGUUUUGUGCAUUUUGUAUCAGAUCAUUUAGGUUGAACUUUGCCAGAGGAAUUUGCAAAAAACAAACUAAACUAAAACAUUCAUUUGUAUAAAGGCUAGUUCACUCUGCACCAACAGAUGCCAACCAAGGCAGACAUUCCCCAUCCAGACACACUCCAGUUAAACGUUCAGUUGAUGAACACGAACAGGUGAUGACAAGGUAAUGCACUGAUCCAACUAAACCCAACAAAUGUUCCUGUUGGUCGGCAUCUGUUGUAUAGUGUGAAUUAGCCUUAAAAUGGCAAUUAAGAGCACAAAUGAACAACUGAAGCACAUGGUGUAAUAAUGCGACCCUGUUUUCUACCAAGAUUCUAUGCAAAUAGAUUUUGAAGUAAAUAUGAAAUACAUUUUUUGAACCACAAUAAAACAAGCUUAAUUCUAAAACUUUACUACAGCCAGGGUCAAUAAACAAAAAUCCUUAAGCAGCUGAAGGAGAAGCCAUAACCUUUACUAACAUUAGGGAAACAUUAAGAGCACAAAGCACUUGACUUCUGUAACCGCUGCUACUCAGAUAUUACUGGAUCACACAGGUGUAAAAUUCAACCCUGUGCAUCUGCAUUACAGCACACUCAGUGGCUAUUUACAUCUGAGACCCUUCUGGGUGAUAUUUCAGCACUUUCAUUAGGAAAGUCCAGAAGGCAAAAAAAAAAGAAAAAAAAGGAGUGUCUGUUCCUUAUUUCUGAAUCAUUGCCAAAGAUAACAGUUGAGAUUUUGCAGGAAGACAAACAUUAAGAUAAAUUACAUUCUCACAAGCAAUACAUUUUCUGUAUGCAAUAUGUAUAAAUCAUUAACGUUUUAGGAUUUACCCCCGGUUUCACAGACAAGGCUUAAGCCUAGUUCCCAGACUAAAGGGCAUGUUUGAUCUGUUUUAACUGAAAGCAACUUGCUGUGACAUAUCUUAAAAUAUUGCAGUGCCAUUGUUUUUGUCUCAAGAUGCACACUAGUAAUGUUUUUUUUUUUUUUUUCUCUAAGGCAUGUUUAUAAGCCACUUAAAAUGUCUUAAUCGAACUAAGGCAUAAUUUAAACCCUGUCUGUGAAACUGGGCCUUAUAAUCAUACUGCAGUUAAGCAUGAUGUUAAUGAAGACUACAAAUACAAUACAUUAACAUUCAUUCCUAAUAAACACACUUAGUCAUCAGAUUCUCAGACAUCUGAGAAAUCUUGAGCUUGAGCAGAAGGGAGUCUUUGUGUUGUCUUUUAUGAAUUCAGGCUGAACCCAUGAAAGAGAGACAGUAUCACAAAACUCAAAACAUUCAUAUUGUGUCCAUAGCAUGUAAUGAGGCAUCAUAGUGUAAUUUAUAACUUAGAUGUUGCAUUCUGUGUAGACACAUUGUGAUAUUCAACAUCCAGGAGUAUUUUACUGUGAUAAUUGUUCACGCUUGAGUAUUCCCCUAGACAUUUCUGGAGGAUGUGGAUUUUAUAAAUGUUCCUUUAGUGUAAUUCCGUCAAAAUAAACAUAAGGGAAUUUGAAUAGGAGCAUGAAUGUUGGUAUGAUUAUGAACUUGAAUGUGAAUGUUUUGCUGACAUUAUCUUUUUGACUCGACCCCAUGUGCUUUAACUUUUAACACUUUUAACAAAGCGGAACAAAUAAAGACAACACCCUUGCAGUAAACAUCUCAAGGUCACUGACGAAUUACCCAUAAAUCCCCUCCAAUGGUUCGCUUUGAAAGUAUUAGCUGCAUCCGAAAACUUGCAAUGACUCUGCAGACAGCAUUUGCGCAUGAAGGCACCUCAAGAAAAUGAUUUCGGACAGACUUCCGAGGCAGCAUAACUGUUUAAUGAUCUACAGCAAAAUAGCACAAGCUUUGGUGAAAACUAAGCGAAUAUUUAAUUACUACAGUAGCAAUUUCUCGCUAGAAAUGACAUCAAAAGUGGAAAACGUUGGUUAAAAACGUACAUUUACACAAACUGACCACCAACUGCAACUUUCAGACGCCAUCUUUAUAUUUAGCUCAACUGUCACAGAAUGGAAAGCACAGGAUUGUGGGAUAUCAAAAGCGAAGGAUACAGCUAUGCUGCCUUCAAAAAAAUAAAAAAAAAAUAUCGAUCAGAUGAAGGUACCUUAGGAGACAGGAAGUAAAGCUAACUUUGGAUUCAGACGUGCCUUGAUGCCUUCCUACCUUGGAAUGUGUCCUCCGAAGGCAGCAUUUUUCAGUUUUCGGAUGCAGCCAUUAAAUGGGAAAAUCAGGGGUUCUCAACUCUGGCCCUCAAGGGCCACUUUCCUGCAGAGUUUUGCUCCAACCCUAAUCAAACACACCUGAACCAGCUAAUCAAGGUCUUCAGGAUUACUAAAAAGUUUUAAGUAGGUGGAUUUGAUCAAGGUUGGAGCUAAACUCUGCAGGAAAGUGGACCUAGAGGGUCCUGAGUUAACUCCUGAUCUAGAUUUUUUUUUUUUUUUUAUAAAUAAAUAUUGUGUAACUGGAAAACUCUUCAGACAUUCAGCUGAAAUUGAGAUGCCGUCUAUGAUAUGGGUCAUAUGGGGGUGUGUGGGUGGGGCAUUGCUUGCUGAGUUGCUAAUGUGUAUAAAGCUAAUAUGCUUUUAAAACAAAUAGCUUGAUGGCUUUUUCAGUGGCUCUGUGUCAGUUUAACAUCUCACAAACUAAUGUUUCUGUGUUUACAAUAAAAGAUCUUUUGGUUUCCUGGUUCA